CACCUAGUCGGGACUUCUAUGAAGUAGCUAGCUGUCAACAACCUAAAGCAAACACAUUUCGUUUAUUUGGACUAUUUCUCACGCACAAGGGCAGCAUGCAUUGACGACGGACUUGAGAUACAACGUAGAGAUGUUACAGAUUUUCUGAGUUAGGACCGACGAGGAAUGUUCAGGAAUUCUUUAUUGUAACGUUAUUGUUGACUUACUAGCUCGGAAGUUAGCUAAGUUAGCCAGAGAGCUUAGUGAAAUUAACUAGCUGACAGCUAGUUUAGCUCCUCUCGUUGCCCUUACUUUUAUUCCUUUAUCUAAGGUACCGGCCACCAAAAUAGUCGUUUGGUGCCUCCAUAAGUUGCUGCCAUGGCUGACAGCAGCAUAGUGACUUUAGGGACAGCUCGGAGUCUGCUCGUGGAUUCUUCGGUCUAUGAUUCCAGGAUCGCCGAAACCACCAAGGACCAUGUAUUUCUGGGCAUGGCAUGUGAAGAUGGGGAAGAUAUGCUGCCAAAAGUGGAGACAAGGGUUGUUCUGGUGGGAGAAGCUGGCAGAAAUGGAGCGCUGGUCAAAGCACUGCAGGCCAUCAGAGUAAUGGAGGUACCGGUGGUAAAGAUAAGAGAAGGCGAGGCGGGUGCCGAGGAGAAAAUGAUGAUAAAAUCUAUAGUCAAUAUGGACAUCAGCAUCCCGUGCAUAAUGACAGACAAUGUCCAGGAGUUUGGAGAUGGAGAUAACACUGAUUUUGAGACAGUGUUUGUCCUCACAGACUUUGAUUCUCCCGACUACAGCUACCUCUACAAACGUGACAACCGUAUCGUUGGGCCUCCUGUUGUGCUGCACUGUGCUGCAAAGGAGGAACCUCUACAGUUUUCAUGUCGUCCUCUCUACUCCACCACAAUGCUUAACCUGUCGCUGUGUUUCACUGGCUUCAGGAACAAAGAGGAAAUGAAGAACUUGGUGAAUCUGGUUCAUCACAUGGGUGGGACCAUCCGGAAAGAUUUCAGCACCAAGGUUACUCAUCUCAUUGCCUACUCCACUCAUGGAGAGAAAUACAGGCUGGCAGUAUGCAUGGGGACUCCCAUUCUCACUCCAUCGUGGAUUCACAUGGCCUGGGAAAGAAGAGAUGAUGUGCACUUUCAUGCAGGAGAAGAAGAGUUUCGAACAGAGUUUAAAGUGCCUCCGUUCCAGGAUUGCAUCCUCAGUUUCUUGGGUUUCUCAGUUGAAGAGAAGGCCAACAUGGAGGAGAGGACUCUUAAACACGGUGGGAGUUAUCUUGAGGUUGGAGAUGAGAGGUGUACACACAUGGUAGUGGAGGAAAAUUCAGUAAAGGAACUGCCGUUUUCUCCCUCCAAGAAACUCUUUGUGGUCAAACAGGAGUGGUUCUGGGGAAGCAUUCAGAUGGACGCUCGAGCUGGAGAGUCCAUGUACCUCUAUGAGAAGAAUGACAGCCCAGCCAUGAAGAAGGCAGUGUCCCUCCUGUCCCUCACCACCCCCAACAGUAACCGUAAGCGUCGGCGUCUGAGGGAGACCCUGGCACAGCUUGCCAAGGAGACCGAGAUCUCCCCUUUCCCUCCACCACGCAAAAGGCCAUCAGCAGAGCACUCCCUGUCCAUGGGUUCUCUGCUGGACAUCUCUAACACCCCUGAGACAUGCAAGGCCUUGGCAGAAGACAGAGUAGGGAACAGUUCAGAGAGCAAAGAUGCCAAUACUGUGACCAGAAAUAGGAUAAGAAGAACGAAAACCAGGGAAAGGAGAAUUAAGACAGACAGGGAAGAGAGGAGGAAAAAGUCCUACCUGGGCACAAAAACCCUUCAACAACCAGAGGAGGAGCAGCAGCAGCCAGGAACUUCUACAGAGAGUUCAAAGCCAUCUAAGAGUUCCACUCCUGUUCUGUCGAAGCAGUCAGCCAGGUGGCAGGUCUCCAAGGAGUUCUACCAGACUGAGAGCAACUAUGUAGACAUUUUAAGCACCAUCCUACAGCUUUUCAAGCUUCCAUUGGAAAAAGAGGGGCAAGUGGGUGGACCCAUCCUGGCCCAAGAAGAAGUGAAGACAAUAUUUGGCAGCAUCCCUGAAAUCCACGAGGUUCACACCAGAAUAAAGAGUGACCUUGAGGAGCUCCUGUCAGACUGGUCAGAGGACCGGAGUGUUGGAGAUAUCAUUCUCAAAUAUUCUAAAGAGCUGGUGAAGGCCUACCCACCCUUUGUCAACUUUUUUGAAAUGAGCAAGGAGACAAUUGUUCGGUGUGAGAAACAAAAGCCACGCUUCCAUGCUUUUCUCAAGAUCAAUCAAGCCAAGCCAGAGUGUGGCAGGCAGACACUAGUGGAACUGCUCAUCAGACCUGUACAGAGACUGCCUAGUGUGGCCCUUCUUCUUAAUGACAUAAAGAAGCAUACGUCAGAUGACAACCCGGACAAAAUAACACUGGAGAAAGCAAUUGAGUCUCUGAAAGAAGUCAUGACUCACAUCAAUGAGGACAAGAGGAAGACUGAAGGCCAGAAGCAGAUCUUCGAUGUUGUAUACGAAGUUGAUGGCUGUCCUGCCAACUUGCUGUCUUCCCACCGCAGUCUGGUUUACAGAGUAGAAACGAUCGCCCUGGGAGACCAGCCCUGUGACCGUGGAGAAAAUGUCACACUCUUCCUCUUCAAUGACUGCCUCGAGAUUGCGAGGAAGCGACACAAGGUGAUCAAUACGUUUAAGAGUCCGCUGGGACAGACAAGACCACCACCCCCGCUUAAACACAUCGCACUGAUGCCACUCUCCCAGAUCCGAAGAGUGCUAGACCUGCAGGACACAGAAGAGUGUGUGAAUGCAUUUGCCUUGGUGGUUCGCCCUCCAACUGAACAGGAGAACUUGUUGUUCAGCUUCCAACUGGCUGGAGAGGAAACGGUUAAAAGCGCCUGGCUGAGAACACUUUGCCGCCAUGUCGCCAACACCAUCUGCAGGACUGAUGCGGAGGAUCUGAUUCAGUGUACAGACCCAGACUCACUGCAGGUCAGCACCAAGGAUAUGGACAGCACCCUGAGCAAAGCCUCCAGGGCCAUCAAGAAGACCUCUAAAAAGGUGACGAGAGCAUUUUCUUUCACGAAGACUCCGAAGCGUGUGAUCCAGAGGGCUUUCAUGGCCAGCAGUACUCCAGAAGAGAAAAGCCAGAGGCUGAGUUGUGAAAACCGCGUUGGCAGCAGCUCCACACUGGCGAUGUCUCGUUCUGCCUCCACGUUCAGUUUGAGUGAUACUGCCAAGAGCAGUGCUGUGGUACAGCGCUCUAACUCUCUGGACCAUCCUCCUGUCAGAGCCAGGGUCCCUGUCUGUAUACGCACCCCCUGCAGCCCAUCCCAUAGCCUCGGCCCUAACACUGGUGCUGAACUUAGCCAAAGCCUCUGCCCGGACUGCCCUAGCACUGGACAACCCAAGUCCAUUCUUCAUGCUCCGUCAUUGUCCCAACCAGCACAAGCCAAUUCAGGCCGUUCCAGUUCUAUUCCAGCCGCCCAAAACUCCACUCAGCUAAACUCCAAAAACUCCCAUCCAAAAUCUAGCCAGCAUGUGUCCAGACACCUACCCCCUGUAGGAUUCCAGCCAAGGUUUCCGGCACCUCAGCUGGUUAAUGUCAAAGACGGGACCUUUUCCAAGUCAUGCAGGGAUCCCCAAGUCCCCCUGGACCCACGAAAGGCUGCCCUGACCAGUCCUCGCAGGGAGACUCUGCUCUAAACCAUCGCUAAGCUCAGUGCUGGAAUCUGACGCACAUCAUUCUCCCUCCAUGGUCAAUCUGCCUUCCAUGUUUGAGAGGAAGUACCACACAUUCAGUCGUUCGACCACCCACCUUUUCUGAUUGGGAGCACCAGCAGGAGUCAUACCAUCUUUACCUUGACUGCUGCUAACAGCAAGUCCUAACUGGACAGGCAUAUGUGUAUAAAGUUAAAGCUACCUGUAAAUUAUGGCAAACUAGCAUUUGUCUAUACUGGAGCUCCUCAUAGACUUUUCAAACCUACAGGAAGUGGCAUUUAGCCACAUUUGGAAAAAUGCACUGAAAAAUUCACAAUCGUCCAGCUACUGUUAGAGUGCUUCACAGCUGAAAUUUGGGCCCAGAAGGGUUAAACGAUAAACCAGUUGUUCGUCAAUCUGAUGCCUAACGUGAUGCAUUCAGCUAAUACCGCCCACAUCUGACAAGGCAGUAUGGUGUGUCUUUCCAAAUGCACAAUGCUUGAACUAAGACUGUUUUACUAAGAGCUAAUUGGAUCGGUACUGGACCAUGCUAAGGGCUACAGCUGUGUGGUAGCCGUUGGAAUGUAAGUUUGCCUUACCCUUAAAAAGAUGAAGGAUGCUCUGCUUUUUGUCUGCAGUUGUUAAUGGAUUAUCUUGAUUUAUUUGUUAAUAUACUUCAUCAAAUCUUGUGUUGAUAAGUUGCCUGUUUAGCUUCCUGGUUGGUUACCAUUGUUGGACGUGUUAACACUAAAUAAAAAUCACAUCUUUUCUCUCAGUUUUAAAUAGGGACUUUGAGUUGUCCCCAGGUGUCCCUGGAUGCUAUUUUUAUUUCCUUGUGCUUUGGUAAAGUAAAAUAACAUUUAAUUUUGAGAUGUUUAGGUAUUUCUAUAUAACAAAUGCAGAUUGUUAAACUUUUUGUGUUUCUGACAUACUAAAGAUACAGGGUUGACUUGCCCUUUACUUUGAGACUUUUUUUAAAUUAACCUACUCAGUAAGAGACCUUUAUAUUAACUGACAUUAAAUGUUUUAUUUUAGUGGGGUAGACUUAAUUUCACCUGAUAUAAUAAUAUGGUAAGUAUCCCAUCCUCAACAUUUAAAGCUAUGAUAGCUUCCAGCUUUUAUAAAGCUUCUAUUUGGCAUCCUUUAGAGAUUUGGUUGAGGAGAACAAAAAGCAUUCCUGCUCUUGUUCCCUGUAUGGCCAUCCAUGUUUUAAAAGAUCUUUUUAAAGUGUGUUUGUGCGUAUCUGUGUGUUUAAGAAGGAAGGCUGCGUCAGUGUACAUAUUUAUUCUUGAAGAAUCCUUUUUUUUUCUAUUUCUUUUUCCUGUUGCUAUUUAUGUUGUUUUCUGCGUGUAUGUCUGUUUUUUUUGUAAUGCUGUUUUCAGUGAGCUCCAAUGGUCUCGUGUUGUUUCAUCUCUGUAUUAAAUGCACUUAAACAUGUACCUUAAGAUUUUUUUUUUUUUUUUUUUUUU